GACACGAUAUUUUUUGCGCCAUUCCACGGCCUGGUCGGAAAUCGGAAUCCAACAUAUCCUACACCCUCUCUCCUCUCUCCUCUCUCUCAUACACGCAGACCGUCAGUCAGAGGGAACUCUGUAGGCCACUGGAGUAGCUCUUAACGCUCUUUUUUUUUUUCCCGAAAAAUACAAAGAAAAUACUUAAUGUUUCGAUCUGUUGAGUUGAAAAAAUUGGGGAUACGUUGAAAAAUUUGUCAAUUUUUUGGUCUGCUUUAGAUGUUCUCGGAUCUUCUUUUUGAGUUUUGAGGUCUUUUGGCUCGCUGCAAAUCAAACCCUAGUGUUGAAGAAAAGUAGUGGGAGUUCUUUCUGUCGGUUUUGGAACAAUGAAGUCUGGAACCCGGCUUGAUUCUGCAGUUUUUCAGCUCACUCCUACUCGAACCAGGUGCGAUUUGGUUAUUACUGCAAAUGGAAAGACAGAGAAAAUUGCUUCAGGCUUGUUGAACCCUUUUCUUGCACACUUGAAAACAGCCCAAGAGCAGAUUGCCAAGGGGGGUUAUUCAAUUAUCCUUGAACCAGAUCCAGGCAGUGAUUUGACGUGGUUUACAAAGGGCACGGUGGAGAGGUUUGUUCGUUUUGUGAGCACUCCAGAGGUCCUGGAACGGGUUCACACCAUAGAAUCUGAGAUUUCACAAAUUGAAGAAGCUAUUGCUAUACAAAGCAAUGACAAUCUAGGACUCAGCACUGUAGAAGACCAUCAGAUGAGAUCCAUGGAAAGCAUUGAAGGUCCCAAGCCUGUAGCUGAUGCUGAUUCAGAGAAGGCUAUUAUCCUUUACAAGCCUGGGCAGCAUCCACCUGAAUCAAAUGGAUCCACCACACAGGAGGAAAAUUCAAAAGUUCAGCUCCUAAGAGUGCUGGAGACACGCAAAUCUGUGCUGCAGAAAGAACAAGGAAUGGCCUUUGCUCGAGCUGUUGCUGCAGGUUUUGACAUGGAUCACAUGGCACCUUUGAUAUCAUUUGCUGAACUCUUUGGGGCUUCACGCUUGAUGGAGGCAUGCAUAAGGUUUAUGGACUUGUGGAAGGCAAAGCAUGAAACUGGGCAAUGGCUUGAAAUUGAAGCAACUGAAGCAAUGUCUAGCCGAUCAGACCUCUCUUGCAUGAAUGCUUCAGGCAUUAUGCUUUCCAGUGAGAUUCAUAAACAAAAGGAGCCCAAGGAUGCAUGGUCUGAAUCCCAUGGUGAAGCAAGCAUAGAAAAUAAUGCAAAAGCAAGUAAUGGAAGCACUGCAGAUAAGAGGCUCUCCAUGGAUCCUCAAGUACCACCAGGUCAUCAUGAAUAUUUUCAAGGUCAAUUUCAGCAUCCCAUGUUUCCUCAGUGGCCUAUUCAUUCUCCACCUGGUGCACCACCAGUCUUUCAACCGUAUCCUGUGCAAGGUAUGCCUUACUAUCAUCCAGGAAGUGGCCCAUUUUUUCAGCCAUAUCCUCCAUUAGAAGAUCCUAGAUUCAAUGCUGCACAAAGGAUCCAGAAAAGGCAUUCCAUGGAUAGUAAAGAUAGCAACACUGAGUCGGAGAAUUUAGAGACGGGUGCCUCCAAUACAAGAUUACAGGAUGAUUUGGAGAAAGAAGUUUCACUAGGUCGGGAACCACGGAAAAAGACUGGUCGAUCAGGUAAAAAGAAAUCGGGCAUGGUUGUCAUCCGGAACAUCAAUUAUAUCACUUCAAAAAGACAAAACACAUCAGGCAGCGAAUCAGAGUCAGCUUCUGACCCUGAAACUGAUGAAGAAGGUGAGGGUUUGAAUGCUGAUGCUCUAGAAAUGAAGCAUAAGAACUCUGUAAGAUCUUCAACAUGUAAAGGAAGCCAUGCAAAGUCUGGUGAUACCUGGAAUUCAUAUCACAAGGAUGACGCAAUUUAUGGACAGGAGAUAGAUGGAGGAAACUGGCAAGCAUUUCAGAAUUGUUUGUUGAGAGAAGAUGAAAAUGCACAUAGGGUUGAUAGGGGCAUGUUUGCUAUGGAAAAAGAAACUCAAGUGAAGAGACGAAAAAGUACAGGAGGUGGAGAUCCUAUAGUUCCUCAUGGACGAGAUCUUGGUGAAUUACAGGGGCGACUCACUGAAUUCGACACAAUUAAUGGCAAGUUAAGACGCAUGUUAAAGGCAUCAAAUGAUGAAUCAGUGAUUUCUCAAGGAGGUUUUCAUUCUGGUGCUGGUAGAGAAUCCAGUGAAGGUCAGGCAGACAUACAGUUAACGGAAAUAGAAGGUGGAAGGGGAAGAUAUAGAAGGUCCACGAAUGAUGAUUUUAUGAUUUAUGGACGAGAAAAUCAUUCUGGUGCUGCAAGUUCUCUUUCAGAUCCUCUUGUGGGAAAUGGGUUUGAGCGUGCUGCCAUCAAGAAUAUGGACAAUGGUUCAUCACAUGAUAUAACUGAUGAAUCCUUUAUAAUUCCUGUGAGGGCAAUCUCACAGGAACAGGUCGGAACUGAUAGCAGAGAGGCUAUUGAUAUGGAUUCUGAGCUCCCAUCAGGACUUCAGAAGACAGAAAAUACAUCCACUAGGACUAGAAGCCAGCUCAGCUAUGAGCCAGAUGAUUUGAGUUUGAUGCCAGAGCGUGCAACAGAGAGGCAAUCCAUUGGUUAUGACCCUGCAGUAGACUAUGAAAUCCAGGCUCGUGCUGAAGAUGGUAUUACUGUCGAGACUCAGGACAAGGAAGACGUUAAGGGAGGGUUGAAGAAGUCGAAAGUUGUUAAAGAUAGUUUGCAGAAGAGAAAGAAUGAGACAGCAGUAAGGAAAGGGAAGCCUACGAAAUCAAGUCCUUUAACUGAAGCACAAGCACGAGCUGAGAGGCUAAGGGCCUAUAAAACCGAUCUUCAGAAAUUGAAGAAGGAGAAGGAAGAGGAAGAGAUAAAGCGACUGGAAGCUUUGAAAAGAGAACGGCAAAAGAGAAUUGCAGCAAGAAACAAUUCUGGUCCUACACAAUCUCCAUUGUCCUCCCAGCAAACCAGAUCACGGUUGCCAACAAAACUUUCCCCCAGUUCUCGUAAGGGAUCAAAGUUCAGUGAUUCGGAACCUGGACAAUUGUCACCUCUACAAAGGUUUCCUAUUAGAACUGCUUCUUUGGGAUCCAGUGACUCUCUUAAAACUACUAAAACCAGACUGAGCGGUGGUGGUGGCCAUCUAGGGGGAAAUGGUUUAAGCCGGUCAGUUUCAUCAUUACCUGAGUUAAAGAAAGAGAAUGGCAGCACACCUGAACCGAAGGCAACCUCAACACGAAUCAGAAGAUUAUCUGAACCCAAAACAAGUAGCAGCGCUCGUGUUUCUUCAGUAAAGUCGCAAAGUGCUGAACCAGUGUUAAAGCGAAAAUUAUUUGAUGAGCCAGAGAUUAAAAAGAUUUCUGCAAUUAUGAACCAUGACAGAACUAAAGCUGCAACUCUUCCAGGGCUGAAAAUAAGAACACCAAGAAGGCCUGCAGCGAUGGUACAGAACAAAGCAGUGACAAAAGAUAUGGAGCAGAAAGCAAAUGGAAGCAAGAUUAUGGGAUCUUCGGAAAGUGUCAAACUGAAAAGGAGUAAUGAUAAAGCUGUAGAUAAUAUCAAUGGUGAUGACAACCCAAUUAUUGAGAAAACUGUUGUGAUGCUUGAGCCUGAGAUGCCCCCAGAUCCUACUGGACAGGUACCUGAGGAAAAGAUGGAGAUGAAAAAGGGAUCAUAUGGUGAAAAUAUAGCUACAGAGAAGACUGAGGUGGUUUCAGAAUAUGCAGCUAUUCGAGCACCGCCUUCACCGCGUACCAUGGAUGAAGCUGAUUGUAGUUAUAGUCAAUGCCGAUUAAAUGAACAACCCAGUUCUGAUGAGGUGACAACAGGUAAUGCAAUGGAGGCAAAGGAGGAAUUGUUGAAGUUUUCAAGUCUGACAAUUUCUGAGAAACCAUAUCAAGCCCCACAUGCUCGGGCGUCAUCCAUGUCAUCCAUGGAUGGUUCUUAUACAAGAAAUUUAGAAUAUACCAAUACAACCCCAACAAAUUCAGAAGUAGCAGUAACAGGCACAGAGACUGUCAAGGUACAUGUACGUGAUUUUACAAACCCAGAUUCUUCAGACCAAAUUUCAGAAGCCUUAGAGAAGCCUCAGGUAAAGGAAUCCUCAAAAGGGUUUAGAAGGCUGUUGAAGUUUGGCAGGAAGCACCAUAGUUCCACUACUGCUGAGUGUAACAAUGAAUCAGAUAAGUUGAGCAUUGAUGGCUCAGUUGCUGAUGGUCAUGCCGCAGGCAAUGUUUCUAAUGAGGUUCAUACAUUGAAGAAUCUAAUCUCUCAAGACGAGACCCCUACAGCAAGUACUCCACAGAAGGCUUCUCGUUCUUUUUCUUUGUUGUCACCUUUCCGCAAGACCAGUGAAAAGAAACUGACAGCAGCAUGACAAUGAGGGUGCCUUGAAGUAUCAUCGUCAGGGGGCAAUCAUGUGUGUUUAUUUUGGCCUUUUUUUUUUACAAUUACAAAUAUUGUGAUUUGAUUGAUUUUGCAUGUGUCUAAAUGUUACAGAAAAAAGCUCUUCUUGUUUGCCAAAUUGCUGUAAAAGUUGUGCAUUGUUCAUUCAGUUCCAUGCUUAGUGCUUAAAAUGUGUGUUCCUUUAUUUGUUUCUUUUUUAACCCAAAACAGCAGCACUCUGCAUUCACAGU